AUGGUGAACCCUCUUCACAUCGUUGAGCACUUACUAAGAGCAAACGCAGUCUCCUCAACGUAUUUGAGGUUUUCAGAUGCAGAAAGGUUUUCACUACCUAGGGAGCUGAAAGCAUUGGGAAAACAGUUCGAAAACCCGAACUUUAUGUUUGGUGGACGGAACGACGAAAGUGACGAAAGUGCGAGCAGUGAGGAAACGGGUGGAUCUGAUCAACAGCAAAUGGAUGGAUAUCGUUUACCAUACGCUGAUCGAGCUCAACAAUGGAAUCGAUGA